GCGCGCUGCUGGGCUGCUCGAGUGUGAGGUUGCCAGGUUGCUUGGCCUGAGGCCUUUGACGGCGCGCUCCACGGCUCCCCCCCUCCACCCUUCAAAAGGCAGCCUGGUUCCCUCCCAGACCAAUCCUCCAGCUCACGUGAAUCUGGACUUGUUGGUCACGAGCAUCCACCCCCCUCCAACGCGACGAGCCCGCCCGACAAUACAGCAGACACAGCCCCCGAUACCAUUUGGUCCCCAUCAACACCCUGCAGUCCUUAUUCCGACCGCGUUUUUUUGCUCGCCCGCCGCCGCCCAGGUUCCCGCCCCUCUGCCUUUCCCUAUCAAACCGCAAUCAGCACCUGACUUGCCACAUGACAAGAAGCCGAUCGUACACCCGGCCUUGAGGAGCCCUGCAACGCAAUGUCUUCAGAACUAGCUGCGCUGGUGAUGGCGCACGUUGCAAACCCGGAGCCCGACCUCUCAGCCCUCACCAGCUCCCCGCCUCAAAAACGAAAGCGCCCUGGUGAGACCUCACCAGACGUGCGCCGUUCCAAGCGAAACAACAUGGCCAGCCCUGACCCGACGGACGCAUACACCAAUAAUGCGAUGGACACUGCCCAGGCCGCGGCUGCCGGCGUCAACGUGUCCGACUUCAACGCCCUCCAGCAGGCUGCGGCUGGUGGUGAUCACACCGAUGCCGCUGACCCGGCCAACGCGUCAAGCACCGCCGCUGCUGCCUUGGUCUAUCCUACUAUUCACGCCCCGCAGCCAUCCGAAGAGAACUUCGCUGCGCAGGUCACUGGGGAUGAAGGGGACCAGCACAAUAUGGAUUUAGUCCCCUAUACACACGAUGCGUCCCAGCCCGACGGCCUGCCGAUGGACCAUCAGGCACUAGGCACUGUUGCAGCCGUCCACAACCCGCCAGAUCCGAGCCUGCGCCAGAUGGAUGACAUGCCAGGAGCCAGGUACUCCACGACGCCGAACCCGAAACCAGCCGUGGGCUCAGAGGAGUGGCACAAAAUGCGCAAGGACAACCACAAAGAAGUGGAACGACGUCGACGGGAGACUAUCAACGAAGGCAUCAACGAACUUGCAAAGAUAGUGCCCGGCUGCGAGAAGAACAAAGGAUCGAUACUUCAGAAUGCCGUGCGCUACAUCACCAAACUGAAGGAGGAUGAGCAGCAGGCAGUUGAGAAGUGGACCCUGGAAAAGCUCCUCACCGAGCAAGCCAUCGCCGAGCUCAGCUCUUCAAACGACAAGUUGAAGCACGAAUGUGACCGUCUGUACCAGGAGCUCGAGAUGUGGAAGCGGCUCGCCCAGGGUGCGGGUCUGUCCCUAGAUGGCAACCAGAACGGGGACAGUGCUGAGCAGAGCAACGAGCCCAAGCCAUAGGACUGCCGGUACUACUCUGGGCGGCCGUGAUGAACGCAUUUUAUCUUUGCUUCUUGUGCUAUUGUUAGGUAUACCCUCGUGGUGGUGCAACCGUCACCACCUUCUAUUCAACCAACGGAGUCGUCGCGUUCAUCUGAUUUUGGCAGGGUAUGGCAUUGUAGGACGAGCUGGUUUCACUUCGAGUACAGGGCGUAAGGGAUCUUGGGAGCACACUCAGGACACAUGUGCUUGUUUCCCUAUAAUCUUUGACAAUUGCAUGGGCGCGCUGAUUGCCCUGGCAUGGCAACCGUUUGUCUGCGGCGCUGGGGCGACUAAUUAUAAGCCGAUUCGCCCGAGGCAUGGCGGUUUGCUUCCUUGUGUAGUCUUCUAGGCAUUGGCGUUCAGGUGAAGUAUGGCAGCGCCGACGUUGCCAAUAGGGAGUACAUGAAGAUAUCGAGUGGCCGUUUUUGGUUUUGAUCCGGGGACAGGCGAUGGCUAUAAACAGACAUUGCUCUUUUCAAUACCGGCGGGUUUCUGUUGAGUAAGUAGAAAGUAGCCAGAGAUAAGUGGCCGUGCUACGGAGCAGCGAUAGACGGUCCAAAGUACUCGAGACUUUGAGCCCCCAAACCCAUGAAUCUGACCAUGUCUUACUGCUUCGGGCAUGUGUAACCUUCAUCGCAGGGCAUUGAGAUCACCUGCACAGGAGUGAUUAAAACGACGAUUCGCUCGGCCGCAUGGACAUUCCCCUUUGGGCGACCACGAGUGUGUAACAAGAUCUCGGAGGACGGGUGGUGGUGGUGGGCUGAGGCGAGAUCUGGGCCGCUGACCGACCCCGGACCUCGGGGGGCCCACCGACUCGAGAGACGGGCCGGGUGUGCAUGUCCAGUAUGGGGAGGAG